GAUUUCCAGGAGUUCAGAGAUGCUAUGGAUGAUUUUAUAUCUGACGCAUCCACCUUAAUGCCACCAUCGCUGGACUGCGCCGACUUUGAUUUCUCACUUGGCGAGGAGGUGGCCUUUGACUGCUGCACCCCGCAGCUGGAGUGCAGCAUGCUGCCACAGAUGCCGCCGGCACAGAUGCCCCUGCAACAUCCACCUUCCCCGGAGCCAUGCUGGAGGGACCUGGCAGACCAGAACCAGAAAGCACUGGGAGAUGCCCUUGAGGCUAACAUCCAGCUGCAGGAGACCCUCACGCAGAGGCAGGAAGAGCUGGUGACGCUGCAGGAGAGCAACGUGCAGCUGAAGGAGUUGGCAAGCCAGGCCAGGCAGCUGGCUGCCGUCCUCGAUACGCUGAUGCUUCCACAGUGCACCGACGGGGCGGCCCUUCUUCCACCUCCUCCUCUUCACCCUCCGCCUCCUCCCGUCGCCGCGUCCCGUGUGGGUGCCGGACGGGCGGGGCCGCGGGAGGAGGCUGCUGCGGUGGACGCCAUGCUGCGGGCCGUGUCGGAGAAGUGCCGCGCCGCUCUGCGGACCCUCGGGGGCAGCCCGGGGAGCAGCCCGGGGGGCAGCCCCACGGCCAAGCGCCCGCGGCCGGCUCCCCGCCUGCACGGCUCCUUCCGCGGUCUGCGCACCUCCCACGCCGCACCGCGUCCGGACUGCGGGGAGCUGGAGGGCGGCGGGGAGCUGCAGGGCGGUGGCAGCCUGCGGACGGCGCUGGGCGAGGCGGGCGGCAUCCGCACCCUGGCCUUCCCGCAGGGCAGCGCCUUCACCUUCCGCACGGCCGCCGGCGGGUACCGCUUCCGCUGGGUGCCUCGCUGA